AUGUCGCCCCCAAUAGACGCCCACAUACUGCAUUUGGACGCCUGGGAGAAUCUGGACCAGGAGUCCAUGGAAUUGACACACACCUCGGAGUUCUGGACCCAGGUUCAGUAUGAAACGGACCGGCUCGACCUGAUCCCGCCGACCGAGCUCAGCAACCUGCUGACGGACAGCGAGGGCGACUGGCGGAUCACGGACACGCCGGAGGAACCCCACAAGGACAACAUCGUGCACCACGACUGUAUGUGGGCCGGCUCCUGUAUAGACUCAGUGCACCCUCCCAGCAACACGUUCGUCAAGUCGGAGCCGAUGUCUCCGCCGCCGGGCCAGAGUCUCCUGCGUCGGGACCAGUCCCCGCCGCGGCCGGACACUCCCCCCUCGCUGGACGGAGACGAGCCCCCUCAGUUCAGACACGCGGUGGACGUGGCCGGCACCGCGCUCAGGCUGCUCAGGGACUCGGCCGCCGUGGCCGCGGACCACUCCUACACCCUCGCCAGACAACACUUCGACUGCCUCGGGGUCCAAACACCUUCCGACUCCUGUGAAUCAGAGGAGGAAAUCGAUGUGGUAUCGUUGGGGACAUCCCAGCAGCCGCUGGCUUCAACGUCGCCCGUGAGAGUGGACUCGCUGCCCCGAGCACCUUCCGUUCAGGAGCGGCACCACAUACAGCGCACCGUGGAGAACGUUAUAACGAGACCCCCGGCCAGGAAACGCCUGGUGCCGCCCACUAGCAUACCCACGGCCUCCGUGCCGCGGCGGCGGAGAGGUCCCGGCAGACGAGGGCGCUCCAACACUGACACGGACUCGGAGGCAGAGAGUCCGGAGAUCGAGCGCCGGUCCAUACACAACGACAUGGAACGGUUGAGACGCAUCGGCCUAAAGAACCUCUUCGACGAGCUCAAGAAGCAGAUCCCCGCGACUAGAGACAAGGAGCGGGCGCCCAAGGUCGUGAUACUGAGAGAAGCGGCCGCCCUGUGCCGCAAGCUGCGGGAGGAGGACCUCGAGAGGGAAUACCUUAAGAAGCAACAGAAUAAAUUGAUGACCAAACUGAAGAAAAUGCGUACGAUGCUCGCGGCGCGGUACCGGCCGUACUGA